AUGGACUUGGACGUGGACAUGGACGUGGACGUGGACGUGGACAUGGACGUGGACGUGGACAUGGACGUGGACGUGGACAUGGACGUGGACGUGGACGUGGACGUGGACGUGGACGUGGACAUGGACGUGGACGUGGACAUGGACGUGGACGUGGACGUGGACAUGGACGUAGACGUGGACGUGGACGUGGACGUGGACAUGGACGUGGACGUGGACGUGGACGUGGAGGACGUGGACGUGGACGUGGAGGACGUGGACGUCGACGUGGACGUGGACGUGGAGAACUUGGACGUGGACAUGGACGUAAACGUGGACGUGGAGGACUUGGACGUGGACAUGGACGUGGACGUGGAAGUGGACGUGGACGUGGACGUGGACGUGGACAUGGACGUGAACGUGGACGUGGACCUGGACGUGGACGUGGACGUGGACGUGGACGUGGACGUGGACGUGGACAUGGACGUGGACGUGGACGUGGACGUGGACGUGGACGUGGAGAACUUGGACGUGGACAUGGACGUGGACGUGGACAUGGACGUGGACGUGGACGUGGACGUGGACGUGGACAUGGACGUGGACGUGGACGUGGACGUGGACCUGGACGUGGACGUGGACGUGGACGUGGACGUGGACAUGGACGUGGACGUGGACAUGGACGUGGACGUGGACGUGGACAUGGACGUAGACGUGGACGUGGACGUUGACGUGGACAUGGACGUGGACGUGGACGUGGAGGACGUGGACGUGGACGUGGAGGACGAAGAUGUGGACGUGGACGUGGACGUGGAGAACUUGGACGUGGACAUGGACGACGUGGACGUGGACGUGGAUGUGAACGUGGACGUGGACGUGGACGUGGACGUGGAGGACUUGGACGUGGACAUGGACGUGGACGUGGAGGUAGACAUGGACGUGGACGUGGACAUGGACGUGGACGUGGAUGUGGACGUGGACGUGGAGAUGGACGUGGACGUGGACGUGGCCGUGGACCUCGACCAUGGACGUGGACGUGGACGUGGACACGUGGACGUGAACAUGGACGUGGACAUGGACGUGGACGUGGACAUGGACGUGGACGUGGACAUGGACGUGGACGUGGACGUGGACAUGGACGUGGACGUAGACAUGGACGUGGACAUGGACGUGGACAUGGACGUGGACAUGGACAUGGACGUGGACAUGGACGUGGACAUGGACGUGGACAUGGACGUGGACAUGGACGUGGACGUGGACGUGGACGUGGGCGUGGACGUGGACGUGGACGUGGAGAUGGACGUGGACGUGGACGUGGAGGACUUGGACGUGGAGAUGGACGUUGACGUGGACGUGGACGUGGACGUGGACAUGGACGUGGACAUGGACGUGGACGUGGACGUGGACAUGGACGUGGACAUGUACGUGGACGUCGACGUGGAAGUGGACGUGGACGUGGAGAACUUGGACGUGGACAUGGACGUGGACAUGGACGUGGACGUGGACGUGGAUGAAGACAUGGUCGUGGAUGUGGACGUGGACGUGGACGUGGACAUGGUCGUGGACGUGGACGUGGACGUGGACGUAGACGUGGACGUGGACCUGGACGUGGACGAGGACGUGGACGUGGACAUGGACGUGGACAUGGACGUGGACGUGGACGUGGACGUGGACGUGGACGUGGACGUGGACCUGGACGUGGACCUGGUCGUGGACAUGGACGUGGACGUGGACGUGGACCUGGACGUGGACGUGGACGUGGACGUGGACGUGGACAUGGACGUGGAACUGGACGUGGACCUGGUCGUGGACAUGGACGUGGACGUGGACGUGGACGUGGACCUGGACGUGGACGUGGACGUGGACGUGGACGUGGACAUGGACGUGGACGUGGACAUGGACGUGGACAUGGACGUGGACGUGGACGUGGACGUGGACGUGGACUGGGACGUGGACGUGGACGUGGAGUGGACGUGGACGUGGACGUGGACGUGA